ACUGAGCAUCCCCUCCUAGUUGCCUCCAGUCUGAGCAGCAUUGUUGCAGCAACAGCAGCAGUAGUAAGAAGCCUCACUCUCUAGCCAAAGACUCCUGACAGCAGCCGGACUUUGGAGAGUCUCUGCUGCUUGCCAAGGAAUUUAGAGGCAGCAGCAGCAGCUGCUGAACAAGAGGACAUGAAUGGGACUCUCUCCCUUGCCCUGCGGAGAGGCUGCCAAAAGUCUUGCAGCUGAGUAGACUGGGGAAGGGAAGACGAACCAGCCACUACUUGCAAGCAAAAGCUGCUGAAUUCCCCUGCUGUCCUCUUUCCUCCCUUGAGUCUGUAAAACUACUUUGUAGAAGGGGGGGGGGCUUCAUUGUUACUUGGGGAAAGGAAAGAUCAAAUGCUUUAAUUUUCUUCCCUUCCUCCACUUUUCUUUCAAACAGAUUGGCUCUUUUGUCAUGCAUGGUGUGGGGAAGAUGCAUGUUUGGGGGUUACCUGGGAAGAAGAAAGAAAUCAUGAAUCCCCACAUGAGUAUUUCCCUCUGGGCAGUGGGAUUCUAUGCCCUGUCCUUUUUUGUCCUUUUCCCUCUUGGCCAUGCACAAGAUGCUGAUGUUGAAGUAGAGCCUCGCACCAUGGGGGAAGAAAUCCCAGACGGAGCAUCUACCUUGGCUUUUGUGUUUGAUGUGACUGGCUCUAUGUACGAUGAUUUAGUUCAGGUCAUUGAGGGAGCAUCCAAAAUUCUGGAGACCUCUCUAAAAAGACCCAAGAGACCGCUUUACAACUUUGCCCUGAUUCCGUUUCAUGAUCCAGAAAUUGGUCCUGUAACAAUUACCACAGAUCCAAAGAAAUUUCAGUAUGAACUCAGGGAGCUCUAUGUUCAGGGAGGCGGUGACUGUCCAGAAAUGAGUAUUGGGGCCAUCAAAAUAGCUCUUGAAAUUUCUCUUCCUGGUUCGUUCAUCUAUGUCUUUACUGAUGCGCGGUCAAAGGACUACAGACUGACGCAUGAAGUCCUGCAGUUGAUUCAACAGAAACAGUCGCAGGUUGUAUUUGUCCUAACAGGAGACUGUGAUGAUAGAGCACAUAUUGGUUACAAGGUCUAUGAAGAAAUUGCUUCAACAAGUUCUGGUCAAGUUUUUCACCUGGACAAAAGGCAGGUUAAUGAGGUAUUGAAAUGGGUAGAAGAAGCUGUUCAGGCUUCCAAAGUUCACCUCCUGUCCACAGACCACUUGACUUCAGCAGUAAAUACUUGGCAGAUCCCUUUUGAUCCUAGCUUGAAAGAGGUCACAGUGUCUUUGAGUGGUCCUUCUCCGGGAAUUGAAGUUCAUGAUGCCUUAGGAAAACCUAUAAAGAAAGGAUCUGGUUUAAAGGAACUACUGAAUAUUGAAAACUCUGCAAAAGUAGUCAACAUAAAAGAUCCAGCGCCUGGGACGUGGACAAUCAAGACAUCAAGCAGUGGGCGACAUUCUGUUCGUAUCACCGGGCUCAGUACUAUAGAUUUCAGGGCUGGUUUUUCCAGAAAGCUGACACUAGACUUCAAAAUGACUUCCAGCAGGCCGGUGCAAGGGAUACCUACCUAUAUUCUGCUGAACACUACAGGGAUCAAUCCCCCUGCCAGAGUGGAUCGUCUAGAAUUGCUCAGUAUCAGUGGAGAACUUCUAAAGACUGUUCCUGUGAAAUACUUUCCUGAGCGAAAACCUUAUGGAAUCUGGAACAUUACUGAGUUUAUUCCACCAAAUGAAGCCUUCUUUCUUAAAAUAACUGGCUAUGGCAAACAUGAUUACCUCUUUCAGAGAGUUUCCAGUGUUUCUUUUUCAAAUAUUGUUCCUGAUGCUCCAAAAGUGAGCAUGCCUGAGAAAACCCCAGGAUAUUAUAUGAAGCCAGGCCACAUUCCUUGCCAAAUAUCCAGCCUCAUACCUUUUACCAUGUAUUUUAGCAGGAAUGGAAUUAUACUGGGUAUGGAACAGUUUUUCAAAGAAUCUGCUAUUGUGAACUGGGAAAUUAUCAAGGUAUCUCUAUCUGAUGAGGGUUACUAUGAAUGCAUUGCUAGCAGCAGUGCAGGAACUGGGCAAGCACAGACAUUUUUGGAUGUGUCAGAACCUCCCCCUAUCAUUCAAGUUCCCAAUAAUGUUACUGUAAUUCCUGGGGGCCGAGCCCUAUUGACAUGCUUAACUGUGAGCACUGUGCGUUACAAUCUCACUUGGCAUCGAAACAACAGGGACCUGAAACUCAUGGAGCCUACCAGGAUAAGAAUGCUGAGUAACCUUUCCCUGGAAGUCAAAGCAGUAACAGUUUCAGAUGCGGGAGAGUACUACUGUGUGGCUUCUAAUGAAGGUGGCUCCACUGUGGCAUCUGUAUUCCUUACAGUGCAAGAACCACCCAAAGCUACCAUCUCAACCCAAAACCAGUCAUUUACUGGAGGAUCUGAGGUGUCCAUCCAUUGUUCUGCUACCGGCUAUCCGAAACCAACAGUAGUGUGGACUCACAAUGAUAUGUUUCUUAUGGGCUCUCACAGGUACAGAUUAACUCCUGAGGGCACUUUAAUUAUAAAGAAUGCAGUUCCUAAAGAUGCAGGAUUCUAUGGCUGUUUAGCUAGUAAUGCUGCUGGAACAGCAAAAGACACAGCUAUCCUCACAUAUAUUGAGGUCCCUACAUUGAAAGUAGUCCAAAGUGAACUUCUGGUUGCUCUUGGAGACACUACUGUGAUGGAAUGCAAAAGCACUGGUGUCCCAGCUCCACAGAUUAAAUGGUUUAAAGGUGACUUAGAGUUGCGGGCGACAGCAUUUCUUAUUAUUGAUAUCCAUCGAGGUCUUCUGAAGAUCCAGGAGACUCAAGAUCUGGAUGCAGGCGACUAUAUGUGUGUUGCAGCCAAUAAUGCAGGAAGUGCAUCUGGCAAAAUAACUCUGGAUGUUGGUUCUCCUCCUGUUUUCACACAAGAACCUAGUGAUGAAUCCUCAGAUAUUGGUUCAAAUGUGACAUUGGCUUGUCAUGUUCAGGGUUACCCAGAACCAAAGGUGAAAUGGCAACGGCUGGAUGGCACCCCACUUUUUGCAAGACCCUUUUCAAUUAGUUCCAUCAGUCAAGUCCAAACAGGCGCCCUCUAUAUUAACAAUUUAUGGGUUAAUGAUGAAGGAAUCUAUAUCUGUGAAGCUGAAAACCAGUUUGGAAAGAUUGUAUCACGGCAGGCUACGCUUACAGUGACAGGACUGGUUGCACCCCUGAUUGGAAUGGGCCCAGCAGCAGCUAAUGUAAUUGAAGGUCAACAGCUUACAUUGUCAUGUAUGCUGCUGGCAGGGAACCCUAUUCCAGAGAGAAAGUGGAUUAAAAAUAGUAUGAUGGUUGUCCAAACUCCAUACAUCAAUGUUCGUAGUGAUGGAAGCCUUCACCUUGAAAGAGUUCGACUGCAGGAUGCUGGAGAUUAUACCUGUAUGGCAAGCAAUGUUGCAGGGAUAUACAACAAAACAACUGUUGUCAGUGUCUUUGUUCUACCUAUAAUUCAACAUGGCCAGCAGAUAUUCAACACUAUAGAAGGCAUCCCAGUUACAUUACCCUGUAAAGCCAGUGGAGUUCCCAAGCCAAAUAUAGUUUGGUCCAAGAAAGGAGGGGUAAUUUCUCCCAGCAAUCUGAAAUUUUCUUCAGGAUCUGAUGGGAGUUUGUAUGUAGCCUCUCCAGGAGGUGAAGAGUCUGGGGAAUAUAUCUGCACUGCAACAAAUCCAGCAGGCUAUGCAACACGGCGAGUACAACUGACGGUCUAUGUGAAACCAAGAGUGUCCAGACCAGAGGAACAACAAGGAAGUUCAAUGGGAAAUCCUUUAGAAAUAUCUGUGAUAGUUGGAGAAGAGGCCAUGCUUCCUUGUGAGGUGAAGAGUUUGCCACCUCCUGUGAUAACCUGGGCUAAAGAAGUGCAGCUGAUUUCUCCCUUCUCUCCAAGACACACCUUCCUCCCCUCAGGUUCAUUGAAAAUCCUUGAGACACGAGUUUCAGACAGUGGCGUGUAUAUCUGUGUGGCUACAAACAUAGCUGGGAAUGCAACCCAGUCAGUGAAACUAAAUGUACAUGUUCCUCCAAAGAUACAACGUGGGCCUCGCGUAAUGAAAGUCAAAGUUGGCCACAGAGUUGAUCUUCCUUGCAAUGUUGAAGGGAUUCCGCCUCCGAUGAUCACUUGGUUAAAAGAUGAGGAUCCUCUUUUAAUAGACAACAAACAAUAUGCUGUUGCUACAGAUGGAACAUUGAGCCUCAUUAAAGUCCUGCUUUCAGACUCUGGGACCUAUACAUGCAGAGCAAGUAACAUUGCAGGCCACGAUGAGGCAGAAAUAUUGAUCCAUGUUCAAGAACCUCCUUCUGUUGGUAUACUCGACCCACCAUAUAACAUUCCCUUACAAGAAAGAGUAACAAGCCAGAAAAUUGCUUUCCCUUGUCCAGUCAAAGGCACCCCAAAGCCAAUUAUAAAAUGGUUGCACAAUAACAGGGAGCUAACUGGGAAUGAACCCGGAAUUUCAGUCUUGGAUGAUGGAGCGCUGCUCGUCAUUUCCUCUGUCACACCUUACAACAAUGGAGAAUAUGUCUGCAUUGCAGUAAAUGAAGCUGGAAGCACAGAAAAAGCAUACAACUUGAAGGUUCAUGUUCCACCUGAAAUCAGAGAUCAGGACAAGGUGACAAAUGCAUCAGUGACCAUUAAUCAGCCUAUAAGCCUGCUCUGUGAAGUAACUGGGAAUCCUUUCCCCAUUAUCACUUGGUACAUGCAAGAUAUUCAGGUUGUGGAGAGCAACACUCUACAGAUUCUAAACAAUGGAAAGCUGCUGAAGCUUCUUAAAGCUUCUGCCAGUGAUGCUGGCCAGUAUUCAUGUAAAGCCACCAAUGUAGCUGGGAACUCAGAGAAAUUAUUUAUUGUAGAUGUGCAAGUCCCACCUACAAUAAGAAGUACUGAUACACCAAGCGAAACCUCAGUCAUUCUAACCCAAGACAUCACUUUUGAAUGCAGAGUCAGUGGCUCCCCUUUUCCCAUCAUUCAUUGGUUCAAAGAUGGCAAACCCCUUUUCUCAGGAGACCCUAAUAUUGAAAUUUUGGACAAUGGACAGAUCUUGCACAUAAAGAGUGCUCGCAGAAUUGACAAAGGGCGCUAUCAAUGUAGUGCAGUCAAUGCAGCUGGAAAACAGUUUAAGGAACACAGACUAAUUGUCCAUGUCCCGCCAGCAAUUAAAGGAGGAAAUAUUACCAUUGAGGUGUCAACAUUGUUACACAGCAUGAUAAAACUGGAGUGUGAGACAAUGGGAAUCCCAUCUCCUGCAAUAAUUUGGUAUAAAGAUGGGCAGGUCAUUAUUUCUAAUCCGCAAACCCUUUAUUUGGAAAAGGGGCAAUUUCUUCAGAUUCCCCAUGCUCAAGCUUCUGAUUCUGCUAAGUAUAUCUGCCAGGCCACCAACGUAGCUGGGACUGCUGAAAAAAUAUUCCAAGUGGAUGUCUAUGUUCCUCCAGUUAUUGAGGGUGAUUCUGAAACAAUCCAGAGCAAACAAGUGGUAGCUGGCAGUUCACUGGUUCUGGAAUGUAAUGCAGCUGGCAAUCCACCUCCUAUGUUGACUUGGUUAAAGAACGGGAUCCCCGUGAAAGCAAGUGACAACCUUCACAUUGUGUCUGGGGGAAGGAAGAUGGAGAUCCUGAACACUGUAGAGACUGACCAUGGGCAGUAUGUAUGUGUGGCCACCAGCAUAGCUGGAGAAAAGGAAAUAAAAUAUGAUGUGGAAAUCUUAGUCCCACCACAUAUGGAAGGGGGAGAUGAAUCUUCAGAUUACAUUGUGAUUCUCCACAGUCCCCUGGAGUUGGACUGCCCUGCAACAGGAACACCUCUACCAACAAUAACGUGGUUGAAAAAUGGCCUGCCUAUUGAAAGGGGAAUUGGAUAUAAGAUCUUAUUGAAUGGACGUAAGCUUUUCAUUUCACAGGCUGAAAUGUCAGACACUGGUCAUUAUCAGUGUAUAGCAACAAAUAAGGCGGGUGAUAACAAGAGGGAAUUUGCUGUUACAGUGCAUGUACCUCCAACAAUCAAAUCAACUGGACCUGCUGAGCGAUCUGUGGUCAUCCACAAACCAGUAACCCUGCAGUGUGUUGUCAAUGGCAUACCCAGUCCUUUGAUUACAUGGUUAAAAGACAGCCAGCCUGUAAACACAGCUAGAGCAAAUAUUAGACUAGAAUCCUCAGGGCGCAUCCUUCAGCUUCCCAGGGCCCUAAUGGAAGAUGCUGGCAGAUAUACCUGUGUAGCAACAAAUGCAGCUGGGGAAGCCCAGCAUCAUGUCCGUCUGCAUGUAUAUGAGCCACCCAAUUUGAAGGAUGCAGGGAAGAUGAUAAAUGAGACUGUGAUUGUGAACAAUCCAAUACAGUUGGAGUGCAAAGCAUCUGGAAAUCCGUUACCAGUUAUCACAUGGUACAAAGAUAGCCGUCCUCUGACCCCUACUGCCAGCAUCACUUUACUAAACAGAGGACAAGUUGUACAGAUAGAUGAUGCACAGAUCUCAGAUAAUGGUAUUUACAAAUGUGUAGUAUCAAAUACUGCAGGAGUGGCCGAGCUGUUCUACAAUCUUCAGGUGCAUGUUUCACCUUCCAUUUCUGGCAGCAAUGAAAUGGUUGCUGUUGUGGUUAAUAAUCCCGUACAGUUGGAAUGUGAAGCCCGUGGAAUCCCUGUUCCCAUUCUGACCUGGCUGAAAGAUGGCAGUCCUGUUUCUAGUUUUUCCAAUGGUCUCCAGAUUCUUUCAGGAGGUCGCAUUCUGGCAUUGACAAGCGCCCAGAUCAGUGACACAGGAAAAUAUACAUGUGUUGCGGUAAAUGCAGCAGGGGAGAAACAAAGAGAUAUUGAUUUCAAAGUUCACGUUCCACCUAACAUUAUGGGAGAGGAACAAAAUGUUUCCUUGGUUAUGGGAGAAAACCUAGAGCUCCACUGCCAGAGUAAUGCCAUUCCCCCUCCCACCCUGCAGUGGCUGAAGGAUGGUCGACCUCUGUUUGGCCACAGCAUUGCUGAAGAUGGAAGUGUAUUGAAGAUCAAAGGAGCACAAACUCAAGACACUGGGCGCUACACAUGUGAAGCAACAAAUGUGGCUGGGAAAAGGGAAAAGAACUACAAUGUCAAUGUAUGGGUGCCUCCAAGUAUUUACAAUUCAGACAUGCUCACUCAGCUGAAUGUAAUUGAAGGAAACCUUAUCAGUAUGAUAUGCGAGUCCAGUGGAAUCCCACCACCAGCCCUCAGCUGGAGAAAGAAUGGUUCGCUCCUUCCAGCUGACCCUACAGGUAGAGUUCGGGUAUUAUCUGGAGGAAGGCAGCUGCAAAUUUCUAUUGCUGAAAAAUCAGAUACAGCUUCCUAUGUUUGUAUGGCUUCAAAUGUAGCUGGAUCAGCAAACAAAGAAUAUAACUUGGUAGUAUAUGUUCGGCCAGCUAUUUUAGACAGUGGGAGCCAACAAUCAGAUGUAACGGUCAUCCGUGGUAAUAACCUUUCCUUAGAAUGCAAGGCAGAAGGUAUUCCAAGUCCAACUGUCAGCUGGAUGAAGGAUGGCCGGCCAUUGGUCAGUGAGAGAAGAACUGAAAUAUUGAACGACGGACACAGUCUUCAGCUUAAAAACAUUCAGAUCUCGGACACAGGGCGCUAUGUAUGUGUUGCUGUGAAUGUGGCAGGACUAGCCGACAGGAAAUAUGACUUAAGUGUUCAUGUACCACCAAGUAUUGUGGGUGAAUUGUCCGUGGCUGAUAGUAUUAGUGUUGUGGAGAAAAAUCCUGUCACCUUGAUUUGCGAAGCCUCAGGAAUUCCCCAUCCAACAAUAACAUGGCUGAAGUACGGGCAACCUAUCUUGCCAAGUAGCUCUGUAAGAGUUUUGUCAGGUGGCAGAGUCUUGCGCUUGGUGCAGUCAAAUGUGGAAGAUGCUGGUCAUUACACCUGUGUGGUGACUAACAUUGCUGGGGAAGAGAGAAAGAACUUUGACCUUUCAGUUUUAAUUCCUCCAGGAAUCGUGGGAGAGAACAAACUUGAAGAUAUGAAAGUGAAGGAAAACCAAAGUAUUAUGUUAACUUGUGAAGUGACAGGAAACCCCAUUCCAGAAAUUGCAUGGUUUAAAGAUGGACAACCUUUCAUAGAAGAUGAUGGCCAUGAAUUAAUGUCCAAUGGCCGCUUCCUUCAUAUCACAAGUGCACAAAUAGCUGAUACAGGAAGAUAUACCUGUGUUGCAUCUAAUACAGCUGGAGACAAGAGCAAAAGCUUCAGUAUUAAUGUACUUGUGUCUCCAUCCAUCGUGGAUGCAGAUAAUGAUGGGGGCACAGAAGAGGUCACUGUUACCUUGAACAACCCAACAUCACUGGUUUGCGAGGCUUAUUCAUACCCUCCAGCUACCAUUACUUGGUUGAAAGAUGGAGCGCCAAUAGAAUCAAAUAGGAAUAUCCGUAUUUUCCCAGGUGGCCGAACUCUACAAAUCCUGAAUGCACAGGAGGAGAACACGGGUAGAUACACUUGCAUAGCUACUAAUGAAGCAGGAGAAACAUUAAAACACUAUGAAGUGAAAGUCUAUAUCCCUCCUACCAUAAGCAGAGGGGAUUUGGCAGGAAUUGGCUUGUCUCCUAAAGAAGUGAAGAUCAGAGUGAACAACAGCCUUACGCUUGAAUGUGAAGCUCACGCCAUUCCUGUUCCUGGCAUCAGAUGGUACAAAGAUGGACAGCCUAUCAUAUCAGAUGAUCACAUAACAAUCCAAGCCAGUGGACACAUCCUACAAAUCAAAGCAGCGCAGAUAUCGGAUACUGGCCGUUAUAGUUGCAUUGCUUCAAAUAUAGCUGGAGAGGAUGAGUUGGAGUUUGAUGUCAAUAUCCAAGUUCCUCCUAGCUUCCGAAGGUCACUGGAAGACUGGGAAGAUGGCCAAGUGCUGGGCACAGGACAAGGAACAGAAGCCAAAUAUGUGAUAAUGAACAGCCCCCUUUCUUUGUACUGUGAGACUAAUGCUGUGCCCCCUCCAGUACUUACAUGGUAUAAGGAUGGCAAUCCUUUGAGUUCCAGUGAUAAAGUGUUGAUACUGCCAGGGGGUCGUGUAUUGCAGAUCCCAAGGACUCAGAGUGAAGAUACUGGGCAAUACUUGUGUGUGGCUGUGAAUGAAGCUGGGGAGGACUCCAUCCAGUACGAUGUCCGCGUGCUUUUGCCACCAUCCAUUAAGGGACCUAAUGGUGACAUGCCUGAAGAGGUGACUGUUCUCUUGAACAAGAUGGCUGUAUUGGAGUGUAUGGCAAAUGGCAAUCCUACUCCGAGCAUAACCUGGCAGAAGGAUGGCCAGCUCUUAACUGAAGAUUCUCAACAUAAGUUCAUAGCAAGUGGAAGAAUGCUUCAGAUCCUUAGUUCACAAAUAACAGAUACAGGCAGAUAUGCCUGUGUUGUGGAGAAUAUGGCAGGAAGUGCCAAGAAAUAUUUUAAUCUUCAUGUCCAUGUUCCUCCGAGUAUUGUUGGCAUUAAUCCCGAGAAUCUGACUGUUGUGGUGAAUAACUUCAUCUCCUUCACUUGUGAGGUUACUGGCUUUCCGCCUCCUGAUCUCAGUUGGCUCAAGAAUGAAAAACUGCUUAGCUUGAAUACAAAUGCUCUUAUUGUACCUGGUGGUCGCACUCUACAGAUUCCUAGGGCACGUCUGUCCGAUGCUGGAGAAUAUGUUUGCAUAGCUAGAAACAGUGCGGGUGAAAGCAGGAGAAGGAGUUUCCUGACUGUUUAUGUUCCCCCUAGUAUUAAGGACCAUGGUGGUACAGCUCUUGCAGUAGUGAAUGUCAGAAUUGGAAUGCCAGUGACCUUAGAAUGUGAAUCCAAUGCUGUUCCACCUCCUGUCAUCACCUGGUAUAAAAAUGGGCAUAUGAUCACUGUUUCGUCUAAUGUGGGGAUCAUAGCAGAUGGACAAAUGCUUCAUAUCAAGGCUGCUGAGGUAUCUGAUACAGGUCAAUAUGUAUGUAAAGCCAUAAAUAUUGCAGGACGUGAUGACAAGAAUUUCCAUCUUAAUGUUCACGUGCCACCCACUAUUGAAGGCCCUGAACAAGAGUGGAUCAAUGAAACCAUCAGUAACCCUGUGGCACUUACAUGUGAUGCUACUGGAAUUCCACCACCAGCCAUAACAUGGUUCAAGAAUGGAAAGCCACUUGAAAAUUCUGCCUCACUUGAAAUGCAUAUUUUGUCAGGAGGCAGCAAGCUGCAAAUUGUGAGGUCCCAAUAUUCAGAUAAUGGGAACUAUUCCUGCAUUGCUUCAAAUGCUGAAGGCAAAGCACAGAAAUUUUAUGUGCUGUCUGUCCAAGUUCCCCCAGAUAUUGUUGGGUCUGAAAUGCCCAGUGAAGUCAGUGUUCUCCAUGGGGAAGACAUACACCUUUCCUGUAAGGCCAGUGGAAUUCCCAGACCUGUAAUACAGUGGCUGAAAGAUGGAAAACCAGUUGGUAGUGGUGAAUCCCAGAGGAUAAGCAUGACUCCAGAUGGCAGCUUGCUGAGCAUUUCUGGAGCCCUUGCAAGUGACAUAGGGAAAUACACUUGUGUUGCUACCAAUCUUGCAGGAGAAGAAGACAAAAUUUUCAAUGUGAAUGUAUAUGUUCCACCAGUUAUAACUAACAAUAAGGAUGAACCCGAAGCACUAACAGCCGUACUGGAUACUUCAAUAAAUAUUGAAUGCCAAGCUGUGGGUACACCACCACCACAGAUAAAUUGGUUGAAGAAUGGUCUACCUCUCUCUAUCUCAUCACACAUCAGGUUACUUUCAGCGGGACAUGUUCUCAGAAUUGUAAGAAUGCAGAUAGCUGAUGUUGGCAUGUACACAUGUGUAGCCUCCAACAGAGCUGGUGUAGACAAUAAGCAUUAUAGCCUUCAUGUCUAUGUACCACCAAACAUAGACAAUAGUGGAAGAUCUGAAGAAAUAACUGUUGUCCAAGGGAAUCCAGCUUCUUUAGUAUGUUUGGCUGAUGGAACACCAGCACCACAGAUAGCUUGGCUUAAAGAUGGCCAGCCUUUAAAUCUUGGUUCCCGUAUGACUUUGGAAAACCAACAAAUGGGUCUUCAUAUAGCAAAGACAGAGCCUGAUGAUACAGGUAGCUACACCUGUAUAGCAUCUAAUGAAGCUGGGGAAGACAACAAGCACUUUACUCUUAAAAUACUAGAACCUCCUUGUAUUAAUGGAUCAGGUCAUCCUGAAGAAAUUUUGAUAGUGAUUAACAACCCACUAGAGCUCUUCUGUAUAACUGAUGGUAUCCCAGUCCCGCAAAUCACAUGGAUGAAGGACGGGUGGCCAUUGCUCCAGACAGAUGAUACUCAUAUUUUAAGAGGAGGCGAGAUUCUUCGGAUAUCCAGUGUUCAGGUGGAGGACACUGGAAGAUACACAUGUUUGGCUUCUAAUCCUGCAGGAGAUGAUGACAAAGAAUAUUUAGUGAGAGUUCAUGUUCCUCCUAAUAUUGCUGGCUCUAGCAAUCCUCAAAAUCUCAGUGUGCUGCAGAAUAGGCAGAUUAUACUUGAGUGUAAAUCAGAUGCGGUGCCUCCUCCUACAAUCGCAUGGCUGAAAGAUGGAGAGAUUUUACAGGCAACACCUCGAGUUCGCAUUUUAUCUGGUGGAAGAUAUCUGCAAAUAAAUAAUGCUGACCUCAGUGAUAAGGCAAACUACACUUGUGUUGCAAGUAAUAUUGUUGGCCAAAUGAAAAAAGAGUUUGUAUUGGCAGUACAUGUUGUUCCUACAAUCAAAGAUGGACCUGAGACUGUGGUUGUGAAUAUUAAUAUGUCUGCUGUUUUGGAGUGUGUAGCGGAAGGUACACCAACCCCAAAAAUUUCAUGGAGAAAAGACGGAACCGUUCUUGCUGGAAAUAAUGCCAGAUAUUCAAUGUUGAACAACGGAUCCCUUUAUAUAGAUUCAGCACAUUUCACUGACACUGGCCGUUAUCUUUGUAUGGCAAGCAAUGUUGCUGGCACUGAGCGCAAGCAAAUUGAUUUCCAUGUCCAUGUUCCUCCAUCACUUGCUCCUGGGCCUGUCAACAUUACAGUCACUGUGAAUGUCCAGACUACUCUGCCAUGUGAAACAACAGGAAUCCCUAAACCCAAAAUCAUCUGGAAGAAAAACGGGCAUCACCUUAAUGUGGAUCAGAAUCAGAAUUCAUUCAGGCAUUUGUCUUCAGGAUCGCUCAUAAUUAUUUCUCCAACAGUAGAUGACACUGGACUCUAUGAGUGCACAGUAUCCAAUGAAGCAGGCGAGGAUCAAAGAGCAAUUGCCCUCAAUGUGCAAGUGCCACCAUCCUUAGCUGAUGAAGCUACAGAUAUUUUGGUAACCAAGCUGUCUCCAGUGGUGAUCCCCUGCACUGCAUCUGGUGUUCCUACGCCAACCAUCCACUGGACCAAAAAUGGAAUAAGACUUCUUCCUCGAGGAAAUGGUUACAGAAUUCUGUCUUCAGGUGUUAUUGAAAUAAUGGCUGCUCAGCUGGACCAUGCAGGAAAGUACACCUGUACUGCACACAAUUCUGCUGGAUCUGCCCAUAGAGAUGUCCUUCUUCAUGUUCAGGAACCACCCACUAUCCAACUCCAGCCUGGCACACUUGAUGUUAUUCUCAACAACGCAGUUCUUUUACCUUGUGAAGCAGUAGGCACACCUCGUCCUGUAAUAACAUGGCAGAAGGAAGGGAUCAGUGUUAUCACCACAGGAAACAGAUACACAGUUCUUCCUAGCGGUAGUCUGCAAAUUGCAAACGCUGCUGCUGAAGAUGCCGGAACAUACAUAUGUGUUGCUCAGAACCCAGCAGGCACUGCUGUAGGAAAGGUCAAAUUAAAAAUUCAAGUCCCUCCAGCUAUGAAGCCUCAUCCUGAGGAAUAUGUGGUUGUUAUGGAUAAGCCUGCUACUCUGUUGUGUGAAGCAGCAGGUUACCCUGUACCUGAAAUUUCAUGGCAUAAAGAUGGACAGCAAGUCACAGAGUCAAUAAGGCAGCGAAUCCUCAGCACAGGGUCUUUCCAUAUCACAUUUGCUCAGCCUAGUGACAGUGGUCGUUAUACAUGCACUGCUACCAAUGCAGCUGGAUCGAGCAGCUACAGUAUGGAACUCAUUGUCCUUGUCCCACCUAAAAUACGCAGCAUGCAGGAUCACUACACAGUUGUUGAAAAUUCACAAAUACAACUAUCAUGUGUUGCUGAUGGAAUUCCAACACCAUCCAUGAACUGGAAGAAAAAUGGCAUUCUCUUAACUAGCACGAGAAGACAUGUAUUAGGACCAUAUGGAGAUCUCAAUGUGGACGAUGUGGUGCCUGAAGAUACUGGCAGCUACACUUGUAUUGCCAGCAAUGUUGCUGGUGAGGACACUUACACAGUCAACUUAACAGUUCAUGUACUUCCAACUUUCACUGAACUCCCUGGCGAUGUGGCUUUAAAAAGGGGGGAACGUCUUCAAUUGAUGUGUAGAGCAACUGGAGUUCCUAUACCUCAAAUCACAUGGACUUUUAAUAAUAAUAUUAUACCAGCACAAUAUGAUGGUGUGGAUGGAGCUAGUGAACUUGUCAUUAAAAGAGUCUCUAAAGAGGACUCUGGUACCUAUGUAUGUACAGCAGAAAAUCUGGUUGGGUCUAUAAAGGCUCUUGGCUCUGUAUAUGUUAAAGAGCCUCCAGUCUUCAUUGGAGAUUAUCAUCCCAGUCGCAUUGAGCCCCUUGGUGGUAAUGCUGUUCUCAACUGUGAAUUUGGAGGAAACCCACUACCAACUAUUCAAUGGAGCAAAAAAGGAGUUGGUAUUCAGCUCAGCAAUCGGAUCAGACAACUCAACAAUGGAUCCCUUGCCAUCUAUGGCACAGUAAAUGAAGAUGCUGCAGAAUAUACAUGUGUAGCUACAAACGAUGCUGGUGUGGUUGAACAUCAUGUCACUCUAAUGUUACAGAGUGCGCCUAUAAUUGCUACUGAGCCAGUAGAGACUAUUGUUGAUGCUGGAACUACAGCAGUGCUGAACUGUCAAGCAGAAGGAGAACCCCCUCCAACCAUCGAAUGGUCCCGUCAAGGUUGGCCUCUCCGGGGCCAGAACCGAAUAUCUGUUUUGACAAAUGGCUCCUUGCAUAUUGUCGCUGCACGCAAAGAGGAUACUUCUGAGUAUGAAUGUGUAGCUAGGAAUCUCAUGGGCUCGGUUUUGGUCAAAGUACCAUUCAUUGUCCAAGUGCAUGGUGGAUAUUCUGAAUGGCUUGACUGGCAACCAUGUAGCGUGACAUGCGGUCAAGGUGUUCAAAAGAGAAUUCGUCUGUGCAACAGUCCAUUCCCUGCAAAUGGUGGACUGCGAUGUAUGGAACCUGAUAAUGAAAGACGCAGCUGUCAGAACAAACCAUGUCCAGUUGAUGGCAACUGGUCUGAAUGGUCAUCUUGGGAAGAAUGCUCUACAACCUGUGGACAAGGCAACAAGACAAGGAUCAGAACUUGCAGCAGCCCUUCAGCUCAGCAUGGUGGAAAACUCUGUGACGGCCAUGCAGUGGAGUCAGUCAUGUGCAACCUCAGGCCCUGCCCGGUUAAUGGUGCCUGGAGUUCUUGGCUUCAGUGGGGGCCUUGUAGCAAGACCUGUGGCAAAGGUACUCACACAAGGUUACGUCUGUGCAAUAACCCUCCUCCGUCAUUUGAUGGUUCUCAUUGUGAUGGACCUGAUACACAGAUGCAAGUUUGCAAUGAGAAACACUGUCCAGUGAAUGGAAAGUGGACUUCCUGGUCCAGCUGGAGCACCUGUACCAUGUCCUGUGGAGCAGGUACCCGUCAGAGAACAAGAGAUUGUUCAGACCCAUCUCCACAAUAUGGUGGACACAAGUGUGAAGGAAAUGACAUGCAAGUUGAUUUUUGCAAUAGUGAUACAUGCCCCACACAUGGUAACUGGGGUCCCUGGAGCAACUGGGGAACUUGCAGUCGAACAUGUAACAGUGGCCAAAUGAGGAGAUACCGGACUUGUGACAACCCUCGUCCACUCAAUGGAGGGAGCGCCUGUGCAGGAGCUGAUACACAGAUACAGAGGUGUCAUGUAGAGCUAUGCCCUGUGGAUGGGAAUUGGGGUUCGUGGCAGUCUUGGAGCACAUGUUCUGCUUCCUGUGGAGGAGGACAACAGACUCGAUCCCGGCUGUGCAAUAAUCCAUCCCCAUCCAAUAGUGGACGUUUUUGCCCUGGAGACAAGUCUCAGAUAUCCAGGUGUAAAAUUCAAGCGUGUCCAGGUGGGCCCCCACAUGCUAGAGGAAGUGUCACUGGAAAUAUUAAUGAUAUUGAAUUUGGAAUAGCUUUCCUGAAUGCCACCAUAGUAGAUAGUCCAGGUCUCAACACUCGAAGGAUACAAGCCAAAAUUACCAAUAUCCCUCGGAGUCUUGGUCCAUUAAUGAGAACACUAGUUUCUAUUCUUAGUCCCAUUUAUUGGACAACAGCCAAGGAAAUAGGGGAAGCUGUGAAUGGCUUUUCUCUUACCAAUGCAGUUUUCAAGAGAGAGACACAAGUGGAAUUUGCUACCGGGGAGAUAUUACGAAUGACAUACAUUGCUCGUGGUUUGGACUCAGACGGUUCUUUACUCCUGGAUGUUGUCAUCAAUGGCCAUGUCUUACAGCUACAGUCAUCAGCUAUUAUUAAUGUAAAAGAUUAUACAGAAGAUUACAUCCAAACAGGUCCUGGUCAACUCUAUGCUUACUCUACACGACUCUUCACCAUAGAUGGAGUUAGUGUGCCAUACACCUGGAACCAUAUUAUUACCUAUGAGCAGAAUCGUGGAAGAAUGCCUUUCCUGAUUGAAAUGCUCCAUGUCUCUUCUGUUGAGACAGAAUACAACCCACUUGAAGAAGCUCUAACUUUUAAAACCCAUGCUUUUAUUACAAAAGGAGACCACAGCAACCAGUGUCCAAAUGGGUUUGGUUUGGAUUCGUCUGGGCCCUAUUGUUCAGAUGAAAAUGAGUGUCUUGCUCAAAACCCAUGUUCCCAUACCUGCCACAAUGCCAUAGGAACUUAUUAUUGCUCCUGUCCUAAGGGUCUUACCAUUUCAGCAGAUGGAAGAGCAUGCCAAGAUAUUGAUGAAUGUGCCUUAGGGAGGCAUUCAUGCCACACUGGCCAAGACUGUGAGAAUAUUAUUGGCUCUUAUCACUGUGUAGUCCAGUGUGGUCUUGGCUUCAGAAGAACAUCAGAUGGACAGAGUUGCAGAGAUGUUAAUGAAUGCCAAGAAUCCAAUCCUUGUAAUCAACGAUGCUUCAACACCAUUGGCAGCUUCCACUGUGGAUGUGAUCCAGGAUAUCAGCUAAAAGGGACAAAAUGCAUGGACGUGAAUGAAUGCAGGCAACAUGUAUGCCAUCUUGACCAGCUGUGCAAGAAUACCCGAGGUGGCUAUAAAUGCAUUGACCUAUGUCCAAAUGGAAUGACCAAGGCAGAUAAUGGAACAUGUAUAGAUAUUGAUGAAUGCCGAGAUGGUACCCAUCAGUGCCGAUACAAUCAAUUAUGUGAAAACUCCCGAGGAAGUUACCACUGUGUGUGCCCAAGAGGGUUCCGCUCCCAGGGAGUUGGAAGACCCUGCAUAGAUAUUAAUGAGUGCGAACAAGUGCCUAAACCUUGUGCAUAUCAGUGCACCAACAGCCCUGGCAGCUUCAAGUGUAUCUGUCCCCCUGGACAACAUUUAUUAGGUGAUGGCAAAUCUUGCGCUGGAUUGGAGAGGUUGCCAAAUUAUGGCACUUAUUACAGUAGCUAUAACUAUGCUCAAUUCUCCCCUGUGAGAGACAACUAUCGACCUCAGCAAUAUAUCAGGCACUCCUCCAAUCUCUACAGCUCCUACUCAGAGUAUAGGAACAGCAGAGUUCCAAUCUCCAGGACUAAAAGGAAUGCUAGAGAGACUUGCCCUGAAGGCUAUGAGGCAAGAAAUAACAAAUGUAUAGACAUUGAUGAAUGUGAGAACAGGGAUAUUUGUCAGCAUGAAUGCAGGAACACCUUGGGAAGCUACCAGUGUUUCUGCCCACCAGGUUACCGAGUUAUGCCCAAUGGCAAAACAUGUCAAGAUAUAGAUGAAUGCCUUGAACAAAACAUCUUCUGUGGACCAAAUCAUAUGUGUUUUAACAUGAGAGGAAGCUAUCUGUGUAUUGAUACACCUUGUCCUCCAACUUAUCAGCGGGAUCCUCUUUCUGGAUUCUGCCUGAAGAACUGCCCACCCAAUGACUUGGAGUGUUCUUUGAGCCCUUAUGCCUUGGAAUACAAACUUGUAUCCCUCCCUUUUGGAAUUGCUGCCAAUCAAGAUUUAAUUCGACUAAUUGCCUACACUGAAGAUGGAGUGAUGCAUCCAAGGACAACUUUCCUCAUGGUAAAUGAGGAUUCAACGAUCCCUUUUGCCCUCCGAGAAGAGAAUUUGAAAGGAGUGGUGUACACAACCAGGGCUCUACAAGAGCCGGAAACCUACAGGAUGAGAGUCAGGGCUUUGUCUUAUAGUGCCAAUGGAGCUCUUGAAUAUCAGACAACCUUCAUAGUCUACAUAGCUGUAUCUGCCUAUCCAUACUAGGAAAAACAUUGCCAAGAGUAAUUGAAGUAUGUUAACCACAUGCAUUACGUGUGCUGCUGGCUGUCAACACUUCCAGAACGACUGUUGCCUCAUUUUAAAACAGUUGCAAACCUUGCAGCUUGAGGGAAAUGGUGCUAUGCUCUAUCCUUACUUCUUCUCUCCGGCUGUCAAACUGUUGUAAUCAUUCCAUCUUGACAAAAAUGACCAUAAUCCAUGAUUCCGUUUGAAUCUUAACUACUUGCUUUAUUUAUUGCACUGGAGCAGUCACUUUCCAAAGAUUGUUCUGCUGACUCUUUGUAACUAGUUAGAAGUACUAAUUAGGUAGUCAUGAGGGGCAAAAACGGUAGGCAAAAAUUGUUGUCAUACUCCAACAGAGCAAGGUAUAUAUCUCACAUAAUUGUAAAAAAUGUUUUUAACGACAUAACUUUCUUACUGUAGUUACCGGUAGUUACACAGUUGUCUUUUCUGGACACAAUGACUGCCAGCUUCUUAACAUUCACAAACAAAACAUUGAGACACCAGUCACAUCUUGAUGGGUAAUAGGUAACUUUUAAAAACUUCAAGGAGGAGGAUAUCAAUUGGGAAUACUACUUUUGUAUUAAUAAUAUUUAAAAUAGAAUCCACAGUGGUCUGUACAU